AUGAGUAUAACGAUCAAACCACAAAAUCCAAAGCUUGCUGCAACGAAGCGCAUUAUGAGAGAUUUGAGAGAUCUCGAUAAAACUCCAGUACCUGGAUUAGGAGUUUGUUGUCCUGAUGAAUCAAAUCCAUUUGUUUUACAUUGUAAUGUAUUGAUCAAUGAUGGACCUUAUAGUGGCAUAUUGAUUCAUUUAGUGCUUCACAUUCCCGAUGAUUAUCCAUUAACUGGUCCCGCAGGAAAUAUUGCGCCCGGAUUAGAGUUUAAUUCUAUGCAUCAUGGUCAUAUUCAUGAAGAUUAUAUAAAUGGACAUGCUUUGUGCAAUGAUAUGUUAACAAAUUAUUCACACUAUUUUAGUCAUAUUGAUCAAGGUCGUAUGAAACAAAGCAGCGGUUGGAGUCCCGGAUAUACUUUAUCCACUGCACUCCUUCAAAUCAUCACAUUUUUCUCAGAUCCUGAUCUUUCCAAAGAACCAUCUGCAGAAAUCAUUGCCGAUCUUCGUCGUACUGUGGAAAACUUUACUUGUAGCACAUGUGGUCAUUGUAAUAUUAAACCAAAUCCAUCUGUAGUUCCCUAUGUUGAAACGAUGUCAGAUGAAAAAGUAAGACAAGAAGAAGAAAAAGAAGCACAAUUAAAAUUGGAAUGUGAUUUAAAAGAAAAAUUAACAUGUGGUAUAACAAAACAAAAUGUCUUGGAUGAUAAAAUUUGUCUUGGAUAUCCAUUGAUGGUGGUACGUGAUCAUCGUGGCCGUUUUGAUCCUGAAAUCGUCUUGGAACUUAUAUCUUAUGAUGCAUAUGUAGCCGAAAUACAAAAAUCGGGUGGAGAGAAAUUAGAUUUCUAUGAAAAGUUAAAAUUUCGUUCAGUUACUGGAUCGGAUUACAAUCAUUGGUUACCUAUUUAUAUUAAUCCAACUCAUUUUCAACAAGGACGACAAAUCAUUGAAAAUAGUAUUAGCAUUAUCGCUAACGGUACUGCAUCUGGCGCUGAGAAAUAUGCUUUCCAACCAUUGAUGGCAUUAAAUGUAUUGAUUACAUUACUAAAUAAAUGUGCAGUCCGAUUGUUCAAUGGUCAAUUGUUUCAAUCAACACACGCAAUAGAAGCGUACUGUCAUUUUCUACGUUUAUUAAUGCAUUUCAUUGAAAUAUUCCCGGAAUUAGGUUGGAGAAAGAUUUCAAUUUAUUUAUUUGUUAAUAUAGCAUCUUUUUUUUUUCUUACAGACACUCAUAUCAAUCUUACUGUAGAGAAAUUCGUAUCAAAAUUUCAUCAUCGUCACAAAAAAGUCGUACCUGAUAUUGGUGAAUUUUUGAUAAAAGUUGCGUUAUCGACCAAAUACGAACUUAAGAAUAUCAAAGAAUGUAUUUAUGAAGAAUAUUUCGCUCGACAAAUCUAUUGGCUUCAGCAGACGUAUGCUUCUGGAAACAUAUCCAAUAUUCGUGUCGAAGAUUUGCCAACCAUAUUUCAAAGAACUAAAAUAUCAAAUCAUCUAUUGGUAUUCAAUUUUGAAAUGGCUGAAACAUUCAUUUUUGACGGUGUGAAAGAAAAAUUAGAUAAAUUACAUGGUUAUCCUCCGACAGCUGUUGUAGAAAAGUUUCAACAACGUUUAAAAGCCAUCAAAGCCAUUGAUCGAUACAGUGUAUUCAUGCAGGCUAUACGGAUGAGUGAUAAAAUCAAAACGCCGGAUAAUAUGUUUGCUAUGAUAAAACGGUCGAUUCGAAUUUCAAAUGAACAACAUUAUACAAAUGUAGAAUUAAGUUCUCGAUAA